AUGGCAACAUCACAAGUGACGCAGGCGAAACAACACGCGGUUGUUGUCCUGCCAGUCGCCGACGCCACUGAGGGAGGACUUGUGGAUUCUGCUGGGCGGCGCCAGGAAUCGCAGAACACUAGGCUGGAAAUCGACAUUGGCGAGAACAGGACAAUGGUCAUUGAGAUCACCCUUACAGGGAAACUAGCUCUGCAGUGCCCUGCGGGUACCACGCCCCCGGCGGCGGACGCAGCAGCAGAACAGGCAGUUGAAAACCAGGAGUACAUGGACCAGAUGCGCGGAUGGCUGAUGACUGUGGGCACCCUGUUCAUCGGCAUGUCGUUUCAGGCGGCGUUGCAGCCGCCAAGCUGGAUGCCCAAGGAUUGGUACAUGGUGCUGAGGAAGAAUAAUUCUAUCCGUAUUCCCUGGUCCCAUCUUUCUCCUGCAGAAAUGGCGGCGCCAGAUAACAUCUCAAAGAAAGAAGCUAUUCACGCACUCAACUACGUGCUCACUAACACGACCACUUUCGCGAUAUCGCUAGCACUAGUGUCAGCACUGGUGAUAAUGAAAAGGUCGCCACCCACACGUUUCAUAUACAUGGUAAAGGUGAUGGUGGGGCUCCUCUGCUUCUUUGUCGCCUGGAGCUUCGCCAUCGGUAACGGGUACGAUCCAGCCGCUUCCUGGGUGGUCGUUGCUUUCCUCGUGAUGUACGGCUUUAGUACGCUUUUUGCGUUCUUCACCGUGAUGUGGCUUCCCUACCACCUGAUCAGGCCGGCUUUGGAACGGCUUAAGCUUUUGCCCAAGGCUGCUGCCCACGUAAGCUAG